CUUCGGGGACAGGGAGAGGGGAGGGGAGUGUUUGCAAGAAUAAUCCCAAUUAUUGCGCUAAUUUUCUGGGGAAGGGGGAAGGGAACACUAUUCUGCCACAUGCUUGACAGUCCGGUUUAUCCUCGCGAGGAACGACCCUGGGAUUCAGGUCGCUGUCAUCUCUGGUAUUUGCCUAUUGUGAGGGAGGAAUUUGAACAUGUUGUUAAGUUGCAUUGCAGUCGUGUGUGUGUUUACUCCGGAGAAAGUUCCGUUGGGUGGAGAGCGCAUGGGAAUUACAGCCUUAGGAACUGCUGUGGCCAGUGGCUAAGGUGACAAGGCGAGCUGUUAAGUUGUUCAGGACUAUUAUUUGGCUCUGUGUAGCUGGCGGUCUGGUCACCCUUGUUAGGCUAUGGGGGGAUUUAAAAAAAAAGUUAUUAUAAAUGUUUCGCCAGGACUUAAAAAAAAUAAAGGUUCUGGAUAUUUGAAUUUGAAAAACCUCCUAGCUCUCUACAAGAUUACCUCUGAAAGCUAUUGAAACAGGAGUUAUUUUCUAGUCUGCAUUGUGAAUUCUGAUUUGUCUUUAGAACUUUAGCAAGACACAGUCAGUUAUGACAAAUUGGCUAGCAAAGUGUGUGCUAGGUUGAGUAGGGAUGCUCAAUUUCAACACAUCCUGUUUGAUUUGGGCGGGCUGAACCCUUGGCAGUGAGGAGGGUGAUGGCCUACCAGAGACCCUUCUCUGUAAUGAUCCCGAAUCUGCAACUUCCUCCCUAUCUCCCUAUGUCAUACACUACCUAUUUGCAGCUGUAGGCGAUUAUUGAGGCAUACCUCUUUUCUGCCUUUGGCAGUUGAAUUUUUAUUGUUAGUGUUACACUAUCUGUAGUCUGGCUUGUCAUAUUCAACUAAAUUGUGGCACUAGUGGAAAGUAGCACAGCGGUUUCUUCUAGUGCAACAGGACUCCCCUGACUUCUACUCUGUUUUUAAAUAUAUAUAUAUAUAGAAUAAUAGAAUCGUAGAGUUAGAAGGAACCACAAGGGAUGUUUAGUCCAACCCCUUGUAGUGCAGGAAUUUUUUGCAAUAUUAUUAGUAGUAGGAAGUAUGCUUUAGUGUGUGUGAUUCUGAAAAGAGAGAAGUCUACCAGUAUAUACUGUCUAAAAAGCACCUUCUGAUGGAAAGAGUAUAGCUGGAAUUCAGGUUAGGAGCCCAUAUACUAGGUACGGUGGUUGUAACUGUAUUGGGGGUUAAAAGGAGUCAUAAAAUGGUUUGCUGUGCCUGAUCCUGAAAGAAGGAAGCAGAUUUAUAGCAGGAAUUAAUUUAUACUACAUAACCAACUGCCAACCGGUUGUGGAUAGGCUACAGUAGACAUAAAUAAUUCUUCUGGGUAUCUUGUCUGUCAUGCUGUGAAUUGAAGAGGUGAUGGAUGAGGGCGCUAGCUGGGCAGGAAUAUAACAGGAGGUGGUGGUUUGCAGAUGAGUGGUGGAAUACAAAAGUGUAUUUUGGUUCCAUGAAAGAUUUGGGUUGGUUUUGGAGGCAUAGUGCAAAUUGGAGUAAGGUUUUAUCUUGGUAGGAGGAGCUUGGGGAUUGAAUUGGGAGUCCGUAUCUUGUCUUAUUGAUGGUGGCUAGGCAUAAGCUGACUUUAAGCUGUCAGUUGCACCUUCACAAUGUAGUUUCCAUGGUGUGCCUCUUUGCCCUGGUCUUUGAUGCCUGAGAUAAAAUAAUUUUGAACCUGCCCUAUUCUCUAUGUAGUCAUGUGCUUUAACUGUUUUUAACACCUGUUUUUAAAAUGUUAUAACCUAACCUACAAAAAAACAAUGCAGGUAUAAAUGUGUCUGGCUGACUGUAGGCUCUGGACAAACACAAAAGUACUAAUUCUCACAAAAUGUAUUUAACUUACGGAAUUCAUGAUGGGGUGGUAGCCACUAGCUUAGAUAUUUGGGACUGGUUGGCUCAGAAAUGGUGCACUUGGAUAUCAGGAACUGGGGAUAAAGAGGGGGAGAUAGCUCCAUACACUGCUUUUGAACUUCUCAGAGGCAUGUGGUUUGUCUCUGAUGAAACAAAAUGAUAGAUUAGCUGACCCUUGGUCUAAUUCAGCAGGGCAGCUAUGCUAAAUGUAAUUGCUAUUGAAUUGCCUCCCCCUCCCUCUGGGGCAGGGGCUACAUGCCCACAGAUGCAUAUUUAGUGUCCUCAAUCCAAGCUUCAGAAGAGCUCUGACAUUGUAAAAUAGAAGCCUUUGCCCUGUGGCCUAAGGAAGCUGCAGACUUCUGCCUAUUUCUCUACAGCACGCUGGCACUAGAGACACUUUGCUUCCCAACUGCUGUGUUUCCCAGUUAGUCAGGAACUCUUGGCCAAGGAUCCUCCUCCACUGAGUCAUCAGUUGCGUGAGAUGCAUGCUUCCAAGGGUUAGCACAAAUGUGAGAGAGAGACAGGAGGAAGCUAGUACUGUUUGUUUCUGGUUCUUAACUAGACAUAACAGAGCCAAGUGAAAACCAGUGACAUAGAUGUGUGAGAAGAAAUAAUGAUUCCCAGGUGUGCUUAUCUACCAAACUUAGUUUAAUACAAAGAGAUUUACUUACAGAUGUCCUCCGUUAAGGCAGGAAAUAGACCCAGAUUGCUUUAUGACAACUUCCUGGAUUAAUAUUUGGUAGCAGCCUAUAAUUCAUUCAGUCAAAGGCUCUUGUAAUGUGUUGGAAUGGAAGGUUUUGCUGUUGGUGGAUUUGGGCUCUCUCUUCAGAGGUGUUGUUUAGAGGAGUGUGAAUUGAACUUUGGACUGGAAAAGCCUGGGUUUAGUUGUCCUGCUGCGUAAUGAGAGAGACUGAGGGUUUGCUUAAUCCUCUUCUUCAUCUUAAGUACAAAAGAUGGCGGCCAGACCGUGGGCCUUUCCUGUAGUGGCACCAUCUCAUUGGGGUUCCCUUCUCAGGCAGGUGCAUCUGCACAACACUUUCCUAAACUGUAAGAAAUGUCAGACUUUCUAGAGUAACUGAAAUGUUUCAUAUCGAAACUUGCUUGCAAAAUUCUCUUGACUGGUCUUGUAACCUGUAUGUAAAAAAUUGUGUUUAAUCUUGCUGGCACAGCAAGAGCUUAUCUACACUGAUUUUGCAUGAUAGAAAUGUAAAAAUAAGCAUGAAGCUCACUGGAUGAUCCUGUGCUCAUUAUUAUCUCUCAGACUGGCCUGCUUUGCAGUGUUGUUGGAAUAAAAUGAGAGAGACUUCUGUAUGCUGUGCUGACUUCUUUGGAGAAGGGAUGCAGUACAAGUGUGGUUAAAAAACAAAAAACCAGUAUUGGUGACUCACUUGUCACUCUCUGAGUAGUGCUUCUCUGGUAAAAUUCUGUGAGCUCAAUUUGCUAGGAACUUUUCCUGCCAACGCCUCCUUGAAAUUUGGCCAUUUUCUUGCUGCUCCUUAUACAGUCAAACCUCAGUUCCCGAACAGCUCCAUUUUGGAAGUAAGUGUUCUGGUUUUCGAACGUUUUUGGAAGCCGAAAGUCUGACGCAGCUUCCGCUUGAGUGCAGGAAGCUGUUGCAGCCAAUCAGAAGCCGUGCCUCGCUUGUCGAACGUUUCGGAAGCCAAACAGGCUUCCGGAAUGGAUUAUGUUCGACAACUGAGGUUUGACUGUAGCUUUCUCCUACAAACGAGUACCCACCACCUUGCUCUUCAAAUCUGCAAGACCCUUCUUUUUCCCUGAACCCUUGACUCUCUCAGUCCAUGCAUAGUGAUUUUAGCUACAAAGGAUUAGGAAUGAAUGACUGUGUGAAUAUUGACUUUUACUUAACUGCCAGAGUGACAAAUAUCUGCAUUAAUAACUAUAGUAUGUUGUCUUUAGAAAUAAAUGGCCACCACACUUAUCCCCAACUGAAACUAAGGCUAAGUAUUUGCAACUGGAACAAAGUCUAUGCCUGCAAAACUGCACAUGCUCAGAUCAUCCCACAUUACAGGAACCUCUCUCUCUCUCUCUCUCCCAUUGCAAAACUUUUUGACUGCAGACUACUUGGGGCAGAGAAGUUUCUCACUUUGUAAAUAAACGUUGCUCUGUAUAGCACAAAAUAUACCCAUGAAGGUAAAUAAAUGAGAUUUGCUCAUGUGAUUGUCAGGUCAACAGGGUUUGCUCUGGGUAAUUUUAGAUGCAUUCUGAUGUGAAAUGUGUUCAGUGGGCAUUUCAAGCUUCCUGCAAGUAUCAGCUAGCAUGACUCUGAAUCCUGCUGCCAGCUCUAGUAAACAUAUGGCUUUGGCUAAGGUGCAUUAAUGCAAUUCAGGGGUGGUGCCCUCUUUCUGCAUAUUGGCUUUGUGUUACAGUCCUUUGGUUUCUCCACUGUUGUUGCUUGCUUCCUAUCACAGCUUUGACAUUAAAAUGUGGUUUAGUUUCUCUUCUGGAACAAAGCACGUCUGGUGGUUUUUGCUUACAGUAUAUGGCUGAUAACGGAAGCAAGGCAAGCUGUAAGGCUGGGCAAGGUGUGUGAGGCUCCAUGUCAAGAAUUUAUACUGUACUUGGGAGGAGUGUAGUCAUUGCAUUUGUGUUUUGGAAUGCUAAUGAAUUCUCAUCUGAUCUUAAGAUGUGGAAUACUGGUGAGCAUCUUUUGCAUGCAUCGAUUACACACUUGAGAUAUUAAGCAAUGCAGCUUGGAAGAUUUUAAAGUGUGUCUUCUUAAAAACUAUGCUGCGACAGAAAAACCGAAUCCAGUUGGCUUUAUUCUCCACUGCCCCACCUCCCACUGCGCAUACUAAAGUUAUUGAAGGCAACAUUACUAUACCAGUUUGAGCUACAGCACUUGUUGCAACAAAAACAUUCAAAGGCCAAAGCCCUUCCAGGGGUCCUUUACCUUUUACAUACAUACAUACAUAAUUUUAUUUGUAUGCCAUCAUUCCAUAGUUCAAACCAUGCUCAAGGUGGCAUACAAAAUGAAAAAAUGCCUAAUUACAACAUAACAAAAUAAUUCAAAAAACAUUAAAUAAAACAACACACGCACCCCAGGCAACAAAGCCCUCUAAACCAAACCCCAGCCUCAGAACACCUUUGUUUUUCAGGCACUUUUAGCGAUUCAGGAGUACUUGAGGGGCAUAUUAGUAUUUGAGUAACACUUGUGUAAGGGCUACUUGGCAGUAGAUGUAGGGGUUGAAAUAAUUACUCUGCUACAGUGAAGAGACAUGUUAUGGUAGAAUAAAACCAAAUAUGAAUGAUAUGUUGAACCGCUUGAUCCCUAUACAGACAUGAUGUUUAAUGUGGCUUGUUUUUUGUUAGCAAUGGGUCUCAAUAUCUAAAGUUUCAGUAAUUGAGGACUAGUCACAAAUUUGGGCAUGAAACCAUGCUUUGAAGUAAAAACAGCAGUCCUUUGGCAGUUUAGAGGUUAACAACUAUAUUACAUGCUUUGAAGUGUGUUUGCAAACCAUAGUUUGCAUUGGCUAAUCAUUGUUGCAUGUGCAACAACAAAACCACAGCUUAGGUCUUAGGUAUUUUUCCAUGGCUUUCUGUUUGCAGGUCUCACUGGACUUCCUGUAGAUGCCCUCGGAAGACAUGUUUUCAUUUUGUACCCUUGGAAUUUUAACCAUGGUUUGUUUCCUUAAUGCUGACUUGCAGUAUCCUUCCUUUUCCUAAAUUUCAUUAGAGAUGCUUGGAUAUGUGCUUCUAUAAAUUCAUUAUCUUUCUACAGGAGCUUGUAUCACUAGCAGUUAAGCUGAGUCCAGGACCAAUGCCUUUAUAAACAACACCAAGAAUAUAAAUAUUUCCAAGAGUUGUAGUUUGAGAACUGGCUUCAGAUAUAUUUGGUGUGCAUGUUGCGAAAUUUCUUGAAAGACCACUAGGGAGAACUAGGGAAGUCUGACAUUCUGGAGGUAGGCAUUAGCUUCUUGAUGAUCAGGAACUUAUUUUCUUAGUGGUCCACUUUAAUGAGCCCUCAUGUUCCACUGCAGACAGACCUGCAACAGCUUGUCAAAUUCCUCUGGGCUAGAAGCCACUCUGCUUCAGAGCUUUCAAGGAGCAAGUAAUCCCUAUAUCUGAAAUGCAAUCAGAGAGUGGGUAAUGGGGCUCUAAUCCGAUCAGACCCAUAUGGAAUGCAGCAGAACGGUACCUCUGUCUGUUCCAUUAACCAUUAAUCACUUACAAACAAAUUCUUCUAUUGAAAUGUCUAUAAAGUCUCAGCAUAUUCAGGCAGCACAGAGAAAGGCCCAUAGCAAAGAGGUUCAGUUGCAUUUUGAUUUUCGUACUCUCUUCAAAUUGAUACAUACAAAGAAACAGAACCAAUUAUUACCCUAAUCCCACUCCACCCCCUUCCUGCAUUCUUUUAUAGAAUUAUUCAUGAAAUGGAGAAACUAGGAAUGAAGGAGAUUUAGCCUGUGGCUGUUAGGCUGGAAAUUUUUAAGGGUCUGUGUCAUGAAUCUUAGUGUAAUGUGUGGGCCUGCUACAGCUAGGGUGGCCUUGUGUGACUUACAUCUGUAUUCUGCACAGCCUUGCAAACAGAUUGACCACUGCAUUAAAGUUUACGGGCGAGCAAAAAAGCUUUCACCUACUGAAGCUGACAAGGUACUGACCUAUGAAAAUCUUACUUGACUGCCUGCCCACAUAUAACCUUAUUUAGAUGCUUGUGGCCUAAAAGAAUCAAUUUUAGGAACUUCUGUGAUCGACUUACCACAGGCAAACCAGAUCAGGGUUUUUUGCAAGCCUGACGCUUAGUUUCAAGUAAGUUUAUUUGGAGUUGCCCCAUUUCAUCCUUGCAGUAAGUGAUUCUGGGAUCAAAUGAUUGGCACAGGUUAUGCAGUGAACUUAGGGGCUGAAUAGGGGGUCAAAUCUGGGUCUCCCCAGUUCAAGUCCAGCACUUAACAUCAACCUGUUGAUGUCUGUGGCUGUGGACAAAAUGACUGUUCAUGUUGACACAUUUACAGCUGCUUUAGAAUUGGCUGCUCUCAACUUUAACCAUAUAAUUCAGCAGAUGGAAGCACAUAUCCCACCUUUCUGAUGAUGAUGCAAUAGAGUAGCUAUGGGGAGCCUGGUGUUGCUGAGCUGUAACUCCCAUUUUCUGUGACUUGUUGCAGAGUUUGAGCUGGGCUUAGCAUGACAGCUUGCAAUUCGGUUGCUGAAAGUAAUCUAGCAUAAAGCAGAAGAGGCAGUGGAUGGUCCGUCCUACGUUUUGUUAGAUGGGUUGUCAUCAUAAAGUGGAGUAAAAUGUGUGUUUGUGUGCCUCCAGAAGGAAUAUGAAUGGGUCUGAGAUCUAUCACUGCUGGCAUGGGCUUUUAAAUAUCCACUCAUGGUACCUCCAGAUUGCUUUUGGGUAAACAGGCAAGAAGGCUUUUCUAGUAAGUUGGUUCUUUGCCUCUUUGAGGCCAUCCAAGCAUAGGUAGGCUAGUAUGAAUGUCUGGCCAGGCCCACAUAAAAGCUACUGAGUUGAGAGCUGAGUUGUCAGCUCUUUACAUAAAAGAGAAGCUACCAUACUAUGGAUGUAGGUUGCAUCAUUUCCAGAUGUGGGCAGCUGUAAGCAGCUACACACAUGUCAGAACUGCUUUGCAGUUGUUUCCCAACUUCAAAAGACAUCUGACCCUCCUUCCAGCAUCUGAGCUAUGUGUGUGGUGACAGUUCCAGGCCAUGGUUGCAUCUGACCAAGUACUUGUCUACACUGAGUGGUAGUGGCUCACUGGCAUUUCAGACAGGAGUCUCUUUCACCAAUUUCUUGAGGUGCUGGGAAUUGAACCUACAACCUUCUGCAAGCAAAGCAGCUGCUCUACCACUGAGCUGUGGCACAUCUCCCAGGAGUGCUCAGCUGCCAAAGUUCUGAACGAAUCAAAGUAAAACUGUUCCUCCACCUUCGCCCCUCUUUAGCAAAGCACUUAAUGUGGUUCCUUCUGCUGGGGAGAGUGGACUGUGGUUAGUAUCCUUGUUUUCUAUCCUAGUGUCCAGUAAGUUUGGAUGGAAAAUCUGGAAGGGGACUUGGGGCUGGAUUCAACCCAGUAUGCUAGUGGAAGUCAGUGCAAGGACUCCCACUAGUGCAGUAGGGUUUCCCCCCCACCAGGUCUGCUUGAGGAGGGGCAUUAGGAAAACCGCCUAGAACAGGCUCCUGGGGAAGAGAGGGGAGGUCAUUCUAUCAGGCAGACAGAAAUGUUUGUGCUAAUGGAGCAACCUCCUUGGCGUUACUUCACAUUCCACCUUUAAUCUUCUGACUCCUCCCUCAACAACAGUGAUCUGUUAAAUUUGUUGAUGUCAAAGAGGUAUGUCUCUGUUCAUUCUUGCACUCUGAGAGGCAGCUUGCCCUCUGCUGUGUGAACAAGUGUCGGGGUUGCGUGCAAACGAGAGCUUGCUGAAGUGGGGGGGGGGAUGAGAUCGAGCCUUUGAGGAGCCGCUAUUGCCCCUCUGUAAAGGGGAAGUAAAGAAGAGCAGUCUGUUCCAGGAAGGAAGCUGUCCUCUUCCUCUUUUUUGAGGCCAACAUGUGUGGGGAGAAGGAUAACAUUGCAUCGGACUUCAGUUGUGUCCUUAGUGGGUGCUGAGAGAUGACAGAGCUGCACGGUCUUGUGGAGCGAUUGGAGAGAGCUGUGGGCCGCUUGGAGAUGAUGUCCCAUGGCCCUGGCACGCAGGGCGGCUGUGGCGAUGGCCUUCCCAAAGACAUAGCUGAGUAUGUACAGGCUUUUGACACACUCUUGGCGGGUCCAGUAGCUGAAUACAUGAAGAUCAGCAGAGAAAUUGGCGGUGAUGUCCAAAAACACGCUGACAUGGUCCAUGCAGGGUGGAUGACAGAGAGGGCUCUUCUGGUGACAGCAUCUCAGUGCCAGCAACCCACAGCGAACAACUUCUCAACUGUGCUGAAGCCAAUAUCCGAGAAGAUCCAGGUUGUCCAGAUCUUCCGGGAGAAGAACCGUGGCAGCAAACUCUUCAAUCACCUCUCAACCGUUAGUGAGAGCAUCCCUGCAUUAGGCUGGGUUGCCAUGGCUCCCAAACCAGGCCCUUACGUGAAGGAAAUGACUGAUGCCGCCAUGUUUUAUAGCAACCGGAUCCUCAAGGAAUACAAAGAUGUAGAUAAGAAGCAUGUGGACUGGGUGAAAGCUUAUCUGAGUAUCUGGACAGAGCUGCAGGCGUACAUUAAGGAGUAUCACACCACUGGGCUGACCUGGAGCAAAACGGGACCUGUUCUAACUGAUUCAGGAAAUGGAUCCCGAGCAGCAGCUCCUUCUCCUGGUGGCCCCCCACCCCCGCCACCUGGCCCUCCACCCCCUCCAGCUCCCGCCUCCACAAAUUCUGGCUCAGAUGACCCUACUUCCCGUUCCGCACUUUUUGCCGAGAUCAACCGGGGAGAGGCCAUCACUUCCGGCCUGAAGCACGUGCCGGACGAGAUGAAGACCCACAAGAACCCAGCGCUGAAGAACCCAAGCGGUCCUGUGCGGACGGGACCGAAGCCUUUCAUGGCUCCAAAGCCAGCCUGUCCUGUCAGCGCCCCCCAAAAACUGCCUGCGAAGAAGGAACCUCCUGUGCUGGAGCUGGAAGGCAAGAAAUGGAGAGUGGAGAACCAAGAAAAUGCCUCCAACUUGGUGAUCAGCGACACGGAGCUGAAGCAGGUGGCCUACGUCUACAAGUGCAUGAACAGUACACUCCAUAUCAAGGGCAAGAUCAACUCCAUCACACUGGAUAACUGUAAGAAGCUAGGUCUGGUGUUCGAUGAUGUGGUGGGCAUUGUUGAGAUCAUCAACAGUCGGGAUAUCCAAGUUCAGGUGUUGGGUAAAGUGCCAACCAUUUCCAUCAACAAGACAGACGGUUGUCACGUCUACCUGAGCAAGAACUCAUUAGAAUGUGAGAUUGUCAGUGCCAAGUCCUCAGAGAUGAACGUCCUCGUUCCUACAGACAGUGGUGAUUUUAAUGAGUUCCCAAUCCCAGAACAAUUCAAGACACAGUGGAAUGGGCAGAAGUUAGUCACCACUGUGACGGAAAUAGCUGGAUAAGUUGACCGGGCGCUCGACAUUCCCCCACCACCACUGCUGUGGGACAAAUCUGCUUUUUGGGGGAUGAUUUAUAGAUUUUCCUGUCCCUUUUCCGCUCUCAAUCUGCUUCUGUCUUCUCCCCGAGAGACUUGCCUACCUGCCUUCACUGAAAAUACCUCAGGCUAGGAUUUGGGGGUAGGGUGGCAGAAUCAUUUGCUUCUAUCAAUUGAUCAGCAGGAAAGUGUGGCGUUUCCCCUUGGUCAGGCUAACCCGCGUCACCAAUCAACUUCUGUCUGGCCUUUCUUUUUGUGCUCCCUGGAGCCAGUAUCUCAAGGACUUGGUUCUAGAGGUUUUUCUCUUCCCCUUUCAUUUUAAGCAAAGGAAGACGGUUCCUUGUGGAGUAAAGAGAGUUAUCAGGGUAUAGAGUCCCCAGUGAUGUGUGUGUGUGACAGUGUAUCUGGAAGGUGUGGGUUGGGGGAGUUGACUUCAUUCUGUUUAAUCUAAUUGGGGCUGUUCAAAGAUUCCAGGAAUGGCUUUGCUGGACCAAAAGCUGAAGGACUGGUGCAUGUAUAGCAUUCCUCCCCCACCCCACCCCCCCACCCCAAUUUUCCCCCUUACGUGCUCAGUGUAAAAUUCUGUGUUGUGCCAUGAUGUUGGGGGAGACCUCUCAGUUACAGGUGCCACAAGACUACCAUGGGACAGGCUCCCCCACCCGCCCCUUCCAGGAGUCUGUCCAGCGGCUAGAAAACUGCUGCUCACCCACUUCCAUUCAAGCCCUCCUUUAAAGGGAAAAUUGUGCCCAAAGGGUCCCUCUUCUGAGCAACUGAGCGUUGUCCAGGCUUUCCAGGACAGGUUUUUCCUUGGAGCCCAUCUCUCUUUUCUAGGGAGGGAUGAGUCUUCUUCAUUCCAGGUCCAGUAUUUAAUUAUGUGUAAGCACAAAUUCAUUCCAAUCCUCCAUCCGAGCUUAUUUACCCUUUAGAGUCUGGAAGACUUUCUCUGGCUGUCCUCUCUGUCGCUCAGCUUCUUCUCUACCAGAAGGCCAGUGUGUGUCUGUUAGCAUGGCACUGCAGUCCUUGCGCCGAGACCAAAGGCAUGGUACUGUACUGACCCACCAAAGGGAGUUGCCUGCGCACCAGAAUAAGAAGUGUUUUUGGGUAGCAUAUGCAUAUCUUAUUUCCCUCUUUGCCACAUUAAUGAUUCCCACACACACACAAAUGAAACUUAACAGAAGAUAUGCAAUUUCUUUUUAUUUUGAAACUGUCCUGUGACUUGUAUUUCUCUCCCGAGGCUUGUGGAAAUAAAACCUUUCUUAUGUACUUAAAAUUAUACUGAAGAUAGAAUAAAGUUAAUGCCAAGUUGCUCCUUAA